GUGAGUUGCGUGGGCGCCGGGGCGGGGAUCGCAGAGCCUUGGAACGCGGAGAGCGAGCAGCGCUGCGUGCCGCUGAGCUGGGAACCAUGGGCUCCAUGUUCCGGAGUGAGGAGGUGUCUCUGGUCCAGCUCUUCCUGCCCACAGCUGCCGCCUACACCUGUGUGAGCCAGCUGGGCGAGCUGGGCCUCGUGGAGUUCCGAGAUCUCAACGCCUCAGUGAGCGCCUUCCAGAGACGCUUCGUGGUGGACGUGCGGCGCUGCGAGGAGCUGGAGAAGACCUUCACCUUCCUGCAGGAGGAGGUGCGGCGGGCUGGGCUGUCGCUGCCCCCACCCGAGGGUAGGCUGCCGGCGCCCCCACCCCGAGACCUGCUGCGCAUUCAGGAGGAGACAGAUCGCCUGGCGCAGGAGCUCCGGGAUGUGCGGGGCAACCAGCAGACCCUGCGGGCCCAGCUGCACAAGCUGCAGCUGCACAUGGCCGUGCUGGGCCAGGGCCAGGGCCCCCAGCUGGCAGCCAGCCACACAGAUGUUCCCUUGGAAAGAACACCCCUGCUCCAGUCCCCGGGGGGGCCGCACCAGGACCUGCGGGUCAACUUCGUGGCAGGCGCCCUGGAGCCCCACAAGGCCGCCGCCCUGGAGCGCCUGCUCUGGAGGGCCUGCCGCGGCUUCCUCAUCGCCAGCUUCAGGGAGACGGAGCAGCAGCUGGAGGACCCGGUGACGGGUGAGCCUGCAGCGUGGAUGACCUUCCUCAUCUCCUACUGGGGCGAGCAGAUCGGGCAGAAAAUCAGGAAGAUCACUGACUGCUUUCACUGCCACGUGUUCCCGUUCGAGGAGCAGGAGGAGGCCCGCCGGGGGGCCCUGCAGCGGCUCCAGCAGCAGAGCCUGGAGCUGCAGGAGGUCCUGGGGGAGACAGAGCGCUUCCUGAGCCAGGUGCUGGGCCGCGUGCAGCAGCUGCUGCCGCCCUGGCAGGUGCAGAUCCGCAAGAUGAAGGCGGUGUACUUGGCUCUCAACCAGUGCAGCGUCAGCCCCACGUACAAGUGCCUCAUCGCCGAGGCCUGGUGCGCCACGCGCGACCUCCCCACCCUGCAGCAGGCGCUGCAGAACAGCUCGAGUGAUGAGGGUGUGAGCGCGGUGGUUCACUGCAUCCCCUACCGGGACAUGCCUCCCACGCUCAUCCGCACCACGCGCUUCACGGCCAGCUUCCAGGGCAUCGUGGACGCCUACGGUGUGGGCCGCUACCAGGAAGUCAACCCCGCGCCCUACACCAUCAUCACCUUCCCCUUCCUCUUUGCCGUCAUGUUCGGGGACGUGGGCCACGGGCUGCUCAUGUUCCUCUUCGCCCUGGCCAUGGUGCUGGCCGAGGACCGGCCAGCCGUCAAGACGGCGAAGAAUGAGAUCUGGCAGACCUUCUUCAGCGGCCGCUACCUGCUCCUGCUCAUGGGCCUGUUCUCCAUCUACACCGGCUUCAUCUACAACGAGUGCUUCAGCCGCGCCACCGUCAUCUUCCCGUCGGGCUGGAGCGUGGCCGCCAUGGCCAACCAGUCUGGCUGGAGUGACACCUUCCUGGCCGAGCACCCGCUGCUCGCCCUGAACCCCAACAUCACUGGUGUCUUCCUGGGACCCUAUCCCUUCGGCAUCGACCCUAUCUGGAGCCUGGCCAUCAACCACCUGAGUUUCCUCAACUCCUUCAAGAUGAAGAUGUCCGUCAUCCUGGGGGUCACCCACAUGGCCUUCGGGGUGGUCCUAGGAGUCUUCAACCACAUACACUUUGGCCAGUGGCACCGGCUGCUGCUGGAGACCCUGCCCGAGCUGAUCUUCCUCCUGGGCCUGUUCGGCUACCUGGUCUUCAUGGUCAUCUACAAGUGGCUGCGAGUCUCGGCCGCCAGCGCCGCCUCCGCCCCCAGCAUCCUCAUCCACUUCAUCAACAUGUUCCUCUUCUCCCGCAGCCCCACCAACCGGCCACUCUUCUCUGGACAGGAGGUGGUGCAGUCUGUGCUGGUGGUCCUGGCCCUGGCCACGGUGCCCGUCCUGCUGCUCGGCACGCCCUUGUUCCUCCGCUGGCAGCACCGCCGCCAGGCAAGGUGGCGCACUGGCCAACUGCAGGCCCAGGAUGAGGCCAAGACUGAACUUCUGAACUCAACCGACGCAUCUGUGGCUGGCUGGGGCUCUGACGAGGAGAAGGCGGGGCGCCCGAGGGACCAGGAGGAGGACAAGUUUGUUCUCUCCGAGGUCCUCAUGCACCAGGCCAUCCACACCAUUGAGUUCUGCCUGGGUUGCAUCUCCAACACGGCCUCCUACCUGCGCCUCUGGGCCCUGAGCCUGGCCCAUGCCCAGCUGUCCGAGGUCCUGUGGGCCAUGGUGAUGCGCGUAGGCCUGGGCAUGGACAUGGGCCGAGAGGUGGGCGUGGCGGCCCUGGUUCUGUUCCCGGUCUUUGCCGCCUUCGCCGUGCUGACCGUGGCCAUCCUGCUGGUGAUGGAGGGGCUCUCGGCCUUCUUACACGCGCUGCGGCUGCACUGGGUGGAGUUCCAGAACAAGUUCUACUCGGGAACUGGCUACAAGCUGAACCCCUUCACCUUUGCUGUGGAGGACGACUAGCACCCACCCGUGGCCACGCCCUUGACCCCGCGACCCCCCCACCCCUCUGAAUGGAGCAGAAAGGGAAUAAAGAGGAAGGGCCGGCA